AUGGUCUUCACGAACUGCACCUGCAGCAGCGAGGAUCCCGAUGCGAUCCUAUCGCACUUGAGAUGUGGCUUGAGCAAAAGCGUGAAGAGGCCAUCCUUUAAUAUAGAGCUGAAAUUCCAAAAGCCGGUGGCCAAGUUCUUUGUGAAUAUGCGGAUUGUUUUACCCCGACGCCUGGGCGAGGACUUCACACUGUUCAAUCUCACCGGAAUCGAUGGUUGCAGUCUGCUGUCGAAUAAGAACCAGAUCGCCUUCAUCCAACUGGGCCGCAAGCACAUGGAUCGCUUCAGUAAUGUGCCCAAGCGAUGUCCUUGGCCCAAGGAUGUCGACUACUAUGUCCGUGGAUUUCGCUCAGAUAUGUCCGCCAUGCCGGCUUUUAAUUUUGAAAGCGGAAUGAAUCUGUGGUUUGAGUUCGUUGUGAAUCAACAGAAGCUCAUACGCGGAUUUAUCCAGAGCAGAGUGCAACGUCGAAGGAAUUCCAAAGGUCUUGCUGCUGGGGAAUAA